AUGGCUGAUAAGAUCACGCUACAGACGUUAGGUACCACCGCUCUGACGCCGCCCUUCUCUCCCCGUCCCAUCCCACCCCCAACCGCUACCGCUGCCACACUCAGUAGUCCCACAUCGCCAUCCGACACCGCGCAUCAGAAUGGUCAUAUUACUACCAGCCUGGGUCGGACCACGACGGGCCCCCAACCGCGUGAGCCCGUGCUCGACUCGGUCAUAGCAAUACCGCUCACGGCAGAAGAGUCCCUUCCCACUAUAAGCGGCAAGAACAACGAAGCAUACCUCGCCAACGACGACCCCCGUCAGUUCCUCUUAUACGACCUCGAUCUCUCUCGCUUGAACCGCAUACACGGACACCUAUGGAUGGCAGGCCGGCCCAUGCGCGCCAGGCCAUUGCACAGAUACACGAUGCUGGGCAUGGAAGUGCUAGGCACACAACAAAUGGAUUUACAUCUGCUGAAGUACUCGACCAAGCUUAUAGUCAAGCCGUUGCCGGAAUGGAUGCUCAGCUAUGAGUUCUGGCAAGAUUACAUCUGCAAGCCUGCGGAUGCGGAUCCUGAUGACGAGACAGCAAAAGGCCUGUGGGAGAGUGCGGCUGGGUUUCUGGUAAGCUAUGUGUGGCUCAUCACUACACCGCUGGACUUGAAGAUCGCGCACGAGUACACGCUUCUACCGAGCUUUGUCACAUGGCACUGGUGGAAAGCUUUCGUGAGGGAUUUCAUGGGCCAUGUGGAUAUCAACACGCUGCAGCAAGUCAACAAACGGUACCAGUUCGGUGAUCUCAGAUUGGGAAGAAUCAACAGCAUCUAUCGGACACGUUAUGCGCAUACGCAUUUCGUUCGAGGGUAUCUGUACGGAUACAAUCGCUACGUAAUCUUCUUCCAACGAAACUUCUCCUGGAUCCUCAUCGUGUUCGUGUUCUUUAGUCUGGUUCUAUCCGCCAUGCAAGUUGGAGUGGGUCUGGACGAACUGAAAGAAAAUCACCAUUUCCUUAAAGCCACUUAUUACUUCGUUGUUUUCAGCAUGAUAUCCGUGGUUGUCGUACUGGCAUUCGUUACAAUCGUCUUUAUCGGCAUCUUUCUCUUCAACAUGUACAAGGCUAUCACGCAUGCGGGGAGUACACAGAAGUGGAGACUUAAGAUGUUUCGGGGGAAUCAGGAGGAGGGUAAGGAUGCUUGA